CUCUGAGGCUCUCAGUUGGUCUCCUGACCUGCAGGAAUGGGUCGCUCUCUACUCCUGGUUCUGGUUCUGGUCCAGACUGCAGCUGGUUUUAUGAGCCAUGAAUUGUUCCGCUGCCACUUUAACUCCUCGGCGCUGCAGGACCUUCACUACAGCUACUCCUACAUCUACAACAAGGUGGAGUUCAUCCAAUUCGACAGCCGUGUUGGAUCCUUCGUUGGUCUGAACUCGUUUGGUCAGAAACUGGCAACCAGCUGGAACAACGACACCGAAUGGCUGGACUCCAUGAAAACCUACAGAGAGAAGAUCUGCCAACCCAACGCUGAGCUCUGGUAUAGAUUAGUGUUAGAUAGAUCAGUGGCGCCAUCGGUCGCUCUGAGCUCCGUGGCGCCCCCUGCUGGUGGCCGUCCCGCGAUGCUGACCUGCAGCGUCUACGGCUUCUUCCCCAAACAGAUCAGAGUCACCUGGAUGAGAAACGGACAGGAAGUCACCUCUGAUGUCACUUCCACCGCCGAGCUGCCAGACGGCGCCUGGCUCUACCAGAUCCACUCCAGCCUGCAGUUCAAACCCAGGUCUGGAGAGAAGAUCUCCUGCAUGGUGGAGCAUCUGAGCUUAGAGGAGCCGCUGACCAUCGACUGGACUCCGCCCCCUGGUCAACCCAUGCCUGAGUCAGAGAAGACCAAAAUUGCGUUUGGAGUUUUAGGACUGAUCCUGGGUCUGGUUUUGUCUCUAACUGGAUUCAUCUACUACAAGAAGAAAGCAGGAGCUCUGCCUCCCAUCUUGUCCAUGAACUGAGGAACAGAACCGGAUGCGGACCUGAAGCCUGGUUCUGAUCAUCAUGAAUCUUCAUUGUGGCUCCAGAUGAUCGUUUUCAGAGUUGAAAUGUGUUGUUGGUUCAUUUUUCUUCAGUUCUCUCUGAUUUUAUUUUGUUGCUCCAGAGGAUUUCAGCUCCUUUGUCUCCAUGAUGGAGGAAAACGUU